GUCGCGUCUGUCACCAGUGAUUUCUUCAUGCUAAAUCACAUAAACCUUUCAGGCCUGUCAUAAUACAAAAUUCCUGUGCAUGAUGGCAAAUUGAUCAAUCCGGCCUUGAUUAAGAGCCGGUUAUACCGGCAUGGACUGUUAACGUAUUGCAAACUUUCGCAACAUGAAAAAAUACUGGAUCUAUUAUUUGAGCGCCAAGAAAAAUCGUCGCGCUAACCAGAAAAGUUUAUCUUUCGGAGACUGUAGAAGAUAUAUUUUUACGAGAAUCACCUAAUAUCAAUAACAAUCGACGAUGGCGAGCCGAAAACCAAGAAUUCAACCUCGUCUGACAAAAACGCAGGCACUACGACAGUCAAGAAGUGCUACUGUAGUGAAAGAGUAUGAACAGAAGGAAACGGGGCGACAACCACAACCAGUCUUGACAGUUCCUAGCAGAAGGCGACAAUAUACUCCAGCCGAGCCGAGGAGAGUCGACUUUGCCAGACCAACUAUGACGAAGGCGAUGCUGGCCCGAGUAAAACAUGCGGAGAAGUUCAAACAGGAAUAUGAACGUAAACGAGAGGAAUCCAUGCCGCGAAGGAGACCAAGAAGGACACCUGCACCGAUCGGUGGUGAUCCUAGAUUUGGUAGAGAAAGGCUACUACCUAGACACGCCCCGACAGUGUCUCCGCCGAUUUCGCCUCCUAGACCAGCGAGAAGGCCAGAAAGACGAGUGACGCCAGAGAGAAGAGCGCCAGAACCGCUUCCGGCUAUUCCAGAGAGAACCAGGGAAUUAGCGAGAUCUAUGCAUGCCCAGGUGAUCCAAGCCGAGCCAGUAGGUGAGGGUCCAAUUGAUAGCAUCGUGAUACCACCGAAAUCAGUGAACGAGAAUCGCACCACUAUCGUCAGUAUCCCUCAACCAACUGCGGUCAGCGUUGAGGCGGCGACAUCUGAAGUGGCGAAUCGCUCGAUUCAAGUGAUCAGUGAGACUCUCGAUGAGCAAGAUGCUGCUGAAGCGGUCACAGUGCAGGGCAAAUUGGAGGACUUACAACAAGCGAGACGAGACUUUGUGAUAGCUGUGGCGAAUGUUGGUGGUAACGCGGUAAGACUCGCAGAAGAAGAAAGACCUAGAUAUAUUUACAGAGUUCCUGACAUUGAGAGCGAGAUGUUUCGUGUCGAAUACGGUCGAGAACAUCCAACCGUUGUGGCGGCACGCGAAUUCGCCCAACAAAGUAUGGCCGGAAUUAGGGCGCGUGAGGCAGCUCGCCGAACUAAACGGGAAUUCGAGAGGAUAGCUCAGGAGCCGUUGCCGGAGGAUUUGCGUUUUGAUGUGCCGUUCGAGGAGGAGUUUUUACGUGAGGGCGACAUAUCCUGGGAAGAGGAGGAAGAUAUACCGAUUGUGUCCAGGAUAAAAACCACGAUGCGCGACAUACCAAGGCGCGAGGCACCUUAUGAGUAUCCUCCAUUCGAUCCAGAGGAACUAGAGAGAUUUUUCGACGUGGAACAGUAUCCAUCAAGUCUACCACGUGGACCACCACCCGGUCGCGAGCACCUGCCGCCGGAUCUUUGGGAGCUAGAGGAUCCUUGGGCGACGUGCGGCGUCUGUCCACAGCCAGAAAUAUCUGAUCUCAUUCACUUCGAGAGCCCUUAGUUCUUCGUCUACCAUGUACAUGAUCUGGUAGACUUGUUUUCGUUUUCAAUUGAUCUCUUUAGGAUAUUCUAGAAAAAAGUAUACUCGAUUUGAAAUAAUUGCGUACUUAAUGAGGGAAUCCAAUGAAGAAAAUAGAUCGAUAAAUUGAGCGUUUAAACGUUUGUAGAAAUAUGAGAAAUCAUCAUUUGUCAUCAACAUCUCCCCUGCAUCAUUUGAUUUAUUAUAAGAAACUGUUUUGUACAAUACUUAAAUACUCAGUAUUUAAUUUUAUGAAUACUGUAUUACAGAG